AUGACAGUUUUUGCCGAAGAACUUAAUAUUAAGGAUCCAUACGACGAGUUAAUUCAAGAUUUCGAUGAAGCACAAAAAAAAUAUUCUGAAAUAAAAGUUGUUCUUACCAAAUCAAGACCAAGAUUGCCAUUGGUUAAAGCCCCAACUUCAAAUCCUCCUCACUCAAACGACCCUACCGAUAUGGAUGAAGACUUACCACCUAUAAAAUAUCAAUCCUAUCCUUGGGUACCAGAAAUCAACAUCCCUCCAAAACUCAUUCAUGCAAGCCCAGGAAAUCAAGCCUGUUUAACGCAAAUGAGGUAA